GAAGGCGGGAGAGUCCAGGGGACGCUGGGAACGGGCGGGGUUCUCUUCCCCGGCCCUUCCCGGUAUUAGGAGCACACAAACGCGGCAGACCAACUAAAAGCAAGAGAUACAGAGAGGGCUGUCUUCACCCUGCUCAUCAGUGCACACAGGAGGCCGGCAAGUACUGAAAUCUGGGGGUUUAAUUGGCUUGUCUUUUGCCACGAGCGCGCACACGGACGCGCGGCAGCGCGCACGGCCCCUCGCACGGUGCGUCUCGCGAGACUUGACUCGCGCCCGCGAUCUGGGUGUUUGUGUUUGCUCCGGGACCCUCUUUGCCGCGCUCCUGCUCUCCUCCCCCUGCCUCUGCCUUCUCCAGCACUGCAGCCCCGCUUUGCAUCACCAUGGGCUUCCUAAAACUGAUCGAAAUCGAGAAUUUCAAGUCAUACAAGGGUAAGCAGAUAAUCGGGCCCUUCCAGAGGUUCACGGCCAUUAUUGGGCCUAACGGCUCAGGGAAGUCCAAUCUUAUGGACGCUAUCAGCUUCGUGCUGGGCGAAAAGACUAGCAAUCUGCGGGUAAAGACUUUGCGGGAUCUGAUCCACGGGGCCCCUGUGGGCAAACCGGCUGCCAAUCGGGCGGCGGUCAGCAUGGUGUAUUCUGAGGACAGUGGGGAGGACCGCACCUUUGCCCGGAUAAUUGUGGGGGGCUCUUCCGAGUAUAAAAUCAACAACAAGGUGGUCCAGCUGCUUGAAUACAGCCAGGAGCUGGAGAAACUGGGUAUCCUCAUCAAAGCUAGGAACUUCCUGGUGUUCCAGGGCGCCGUGGAAUCUAUUGCUAUGAAGAACCCCAAGGAGCGCACAGCCUUGUUUGAGGAGAUCAGCCGCUCGGGGGAACUGGCCCAGGAAUAUGACAAGAGGAAGAAGGAGAUGGUGAAGGCUGAGGAGGAUACCCAGUUCAAUUACCACAGGAAGAAGAAUAUUGCAGCUGAGCGCAAAGAAGCCAAGCAAGAGAAGGAGGAGGCUGAUCGCUACCAAAGGCUGAAAGAUGAGGUCGUGCGUGCGCAGGUGCAGCUGCAGCUGUUCAAACUGUAUCACAAUGAGAUGGAGAUUGAGAAACUAAAUAAGGAGCUCACUUCCAAGAACAAAGAGAUUGACAAGGAAAAGAAGCGUAUGGACAAGGUGGAAGAAGAGCUGAAGGAAAAGAAAAAAGAGCUGGGCAAAAUGAUGCGGGAGCAGCAGCAGAUUGAGAAGGAGAUAAAGGAGAAAGACUCAGAGCUUAAUCAGAAGCGGCCCCAAUACAUCAAGGCCAAGGAAAAUACUUCACAUAAGAUAAAGAAGCUGGAAGCUGCUAAGAAAUCUCUGCAGAAUGCCCAGAAACAAUACAAGAAGCGGAAGGGAGAUAUGGAUGAACUAGAAAAGGAAAUGGUGUCAGUGGAGAAGGCAAGGCAGGAGUUUGAAGAUCGAAUGGAGGAAGAGAGUCAGAGCCAGGGGAGAGACCUGACUCUGGAGGAGAACCAAGUGAAGAAGUACCACAGGCUGAAGGAAGAGGCCAGCAAAAGAGCAGCCACCUUGGCCCAGGAGCUAGAAAAGUUCAACAGGGACCAGAAGGCUGACCAGGACCGGCUGGACUUGGAGGAGAGAAAGAAAGUUGAGACAGAGGCCAAGAUCAAACAGAAACUUCGUGAAAUUGAGGAGAAUCAGAAGCGAAUUGAGAAGCUGGAAGAAUACAUAACCACCAGCAAGCAGUCUCUGGAGGAACAGAAAAAACUAGAGGGGGAACUAACUGAGGAAGUUAAGCUUGCUAAACAGCGUAUUGAUGAAAUCAAUAAGGAGCUGAAUCAAGUGAUGGAGCAGCUUGGUGAUGCCCGCAUAGACCGACAGGAGAGUAGCCGGCAGCAACGCAAGGCAGAGAUCAUGGAGAGCAUCAAACGCCUCUAUCCAGGUUCUGUGUAUGGCCGUCUCAUUGAUCUAUGCCAGCCAACACAGAAGAAGUACCAGAUUGCUGUGACUAAGGUGCUGGGCAAAAAUAUGGAUGCUAUCAUUGUGGACUCUGAGAAGACUGGCCGGGACUGUAUCCAGUACAUCAAGGAGCAGCGUGGAGAGCCUGAGACCUUCUUGCCACUUGACUACCUAGAGGUGAAACCAACAGACGAGAAGCUUCGGGAACUGAAGGGGGCCAAGCUGGUGAUUGAUGUGAUUCGCUAUGAGCCACCACACAUCAAGAAGGCCCUCCAGUAUGCCUGUGGCAAUGCUCUAGUAUGUGACAAUGUUGAAGAUGCCCGGCGCAUUGCCUUUGGUGGCCACCAGAGACACAAGACAGUGGCACUAGAUGGGACACUUUUCCAGAAGUCUGGUGUCAUCUCUGGGGGAGCAAGUGACCUCAAAGCCAAGGCCCGCCGCUGGGAUGAGAAAGCAGUUGACAAACUGAAGGAGAAGAAAGAGCGCCUAACAGAGGAGCUGAAGGAACAGAUGAAGGCCAAGCGGAAGGAGGCUGAGCUGAGGCAGGUGCAGUCCCAGGCUCAUGGCUUGCAAAUGCGGCUCAAGUACUCCCAGAGUGACCUGGAACAGACAAAGACCCGGCACCUUGCUCUCAACCUACAGGAAAAGUCCAAGCUGGAGAGUGAGCUGGCUAAUUUUGGACCACGUAUCAAUGACAUCAAGAGGAUUAUCCAGGGUCGGGAACGAGAGAUGAAAGACCUGAAGGAGAAAAUGAACCAGGUAGAGGAUGAGGUGUUUGAGGAAUUCUGCAGAGAGAUUGGAGUUCGCAAUAUUCGUGAAUUUGAGGAAGAGAAAGUAAAGCGACAAAAUGAAAUAGCCAAGAAACGGCUUGAGUUUGAGAACCAGAAAACUCGCCUGGGUAUCCAGCUAGAUUUUGAGAAGAACCAGCUGAAAGAAGACCAGGACAAGGUUCACAUGUGGGAGCAGACAGUAAAGAAGGAUGAGAAUGAAAUUGAAAAGCUCAAAAAGGAGGAGCAGAGACACAUGAAGAUCAUUGAUGAAACUAUGGCCCAGCUGCAGGACCUCAAAAACCAGCAUCUGGCAAAGAAAUCUGAGGUGAAUGACAAGAACCAUGAGAUGGAGGAGAUCCGUAAAAAGUUGGGUGGGGCCAACAAAGAAAUGACCCACCUGCAAAAAGAGGUCACAGCUAUAGAGACAAAGUUAGAGCAGAAGCGCAGUGACCGUCACAACCUACUGCAGGCUUGCAAGAUGCAGGACAUCAAGCUGCCCCUGGCUAAGGGCACCAUGGAUGACAUUAGUCAAGAAGAAGGGAGCUCCCAGGGGGAGGAGUCUGGGAGUGGCUCACAGCGUACAUCCAACAUCUAUGCCCGUGAGGCCCUUAUUGAAAUCGACUACAGUGAUCUCUGUGAGGACCUAAAAGAUGCUCAGGCUGAAGAGGAAAUUAAGCAGGAAAUGAACACACUGCAGCAGAAGCUGACUGAACAGCAGAGUGUGCUGCAGCGCAUUGCAGCUCCCAACAUGAAGGCCAUGGAGAAACUGGAGAGUGUGCGUGACAAGUUCCAGGAGACAUCAGAUGAAUUUGAGGCAGCUCGAAAGCGAGCCAAGAAAGCUAAACAUGCCUUUGAGCAGAUCAAAAAGGAACGCUUUGACCGCUUCAAUGCCUGCUUUGAGUCCGUGGCCACCAACAUUGAUGAGAUCUACAAAGCCCUGUCCCGCAACAGCAGUGCUCAGGCUUUUUUGGGACCAGAGAACCCAGAGGAGCCCUACUUGGAUGGGAUUAACUACAACUGUGUAGCCCCUGGCAAGAGGUUCCGGCCCAUGGACAACCUGUCUGGUGGAGAAAAGACUGUAGCAGCCCUUGCUUUGCUCUUUGCCAUCCACAGCUACAAACCAGCCCCCUUCUUUGUUCUAGAUGAGAUUGAUGCAGCUUUAGAUAACACCAACAUUGGCAAGGUUGCCAACUACAUAAAAGAACAGUCAACUUGCAACUUUCAAGCCAUUGUCAUUUCACUGAAGGAAGAAUUUUAUACGAAGGCUGAGAGUCUGAUUGGUGUCUAUCCUGAGCAGGGGGACUGUGUGAUCAGCAAGGUACUGACAUUUGACCUUACCAAAUACCCAGAUGCCAACCCCAACCCCAAUGAGCAGUAGUGCAGUCUAGGGAAGGGGAGGGGUGGGACCUCAAAGCUGUAGGCCAGGGUUAGUUGCCUUAACUAUCUAUUUUGGUAAAGAAUCAUGUUGCAGGCCUACAAGAUGCAGGACAUCUACCCUAUUAUAGCGAAUCAUGGUCUUUAUGCCAUUAAAGGAAGCAUAAAGAAGUGUGUAAGAGGCGGGGUGUGCAUCCCUGCACUGGGGUGGAGGGAAGGUGAGCCAGGUUACUUCUCUCCACUCCUAUGGCUUCAUUAAGAAUUAUGUUGGAAAUCUUUCUUUUAGAUUAGGGGUUCUUAAUCUUGUGUCUGUGAACUUGUGUGUUUUUAAAAAUAUUUUGAUAAAUGUAUUUCAAUAUAAUUGGCUUUCUUUGUAUUUUAUUUCUAUGUAUUUUAUGCUUUUAAAAUCAGUAAUAUGGGAAGGGGUACAUAGGCUUCACCAGCCUGCAGAAGGGGUCCUUGAUACAAAGGUUUAGAUACCCAUACCCUGUUUUAGAAGGGGGGGAAAUUUCCAGUGCUUCCUGGAUACAUAUGGUUGUUGACAGUGUUUAUGGGCCUUCGUUCAAACCAAUCAUUUGAGUUUUGAUUUGAGUAUAUGCUUGCCUUCAGGAUAUCAUUUUCAUCACUAACACAUAACAGGCCCUUUAUUAUUCUUACUACUGAUUCUUUCAAGUCCUUAUGGAUUGAUGUCUGUAUUUUAUUUAGAUUUGCAUGGAAUAUAAUUACUUAGGCAAAGUCAUAUUCUACAGAAAAUUAGCCCAGACAACUCAUUUUCCAAAAACACCAGGUCCUGUCACUAAGUGAUUAAAUAAAACCCAGAGGCCAAAGCUAAAAUAAUAUGUUAUCAGUAGAAUUAAAGGGUUAAUUAAUUUACUAAGAAGGCCUUAGUUGUUGGUGAUGAAAAGCAAUGUGGUAUAAUAAAAGGAGCACUGAAAUAUAAGUUCUAAAUUUUCUCAAAAGGUAAAAGAGGAAUAAUAGUAAAGAAUGUCUCAAAACUUCUCAGUGCAGUUUUAAGCUAGUCAAGCUCAAAAACUUCACUAAGACUUUUGGACUUCCCUGUAUAUAUCCACACAUUGUCAUGAUGGUGUUCUUAUAAUCAUAUAAAAUAGAAAUUUGUAAAUAGUUAAACACUGUAUAAUUAUUAUAAGAGUUGCUUAAAGAGUAGAGUAUUACAACCCAAAAAACAUAGUCAUGUGAAUCACAGGCUUAAUAGUGUGACAUUGGUUCUUUUUCAUUCUUAGUGAUUUUCCUUAAUCAAUGUCACAAUCCUAGUUACUACCAAAGGGUGGAAUUUCAUUAUAUUUCUUUUCAGUUGUACAGCAAAAAGGCUACUUUAUCUGAAAAACUCCAGAUGAAAAAGUCACCUUACUUUAACAUCAGUUAUUAAUACAAACAACAGGAACACUAUAUAAUCAUAAGAAAUAUUUUGCUGUGUUUACUGCAAACUCAGCAGCAAGUUUAAAUUUAUGGGGAUAAGUUGUUUUCAGAUAAAUACAUAGCAGUUAGGAGGAUAAAAACGGUUGGCAAUGACUAUGGAAAACAGAACAAUGCAAUAUAAGCAGUUCAGGAUUUGAAAAAGGAGGACUUGGGUUAGGAUUUACUACUACUUAAUACCCAAAUAAUAUUUGGCAAGUUCCUUAACCUCUGGGCCUAAGUUUCCUCAAAUAUAAAAGGAGGAGGGGUUUGGACUAUGUCAUACUAGGGGUUCUUUCCAGUUCUAAAUCUAUGAGCAUAAGAAAAGGUUUAGAAAUUAAACCCAAAAUUAUGAUUGAGUCAUAAAAUAAUAGAAAUCCAAUAGGAUUUUUACAUACAGAAAUUCCAUUCAAAGUAAGUAGAAAAUGCACAAAAUACCAGGGAGUCAAUCUACUAGAUACUCUCCAGACUUAAAGGCAAAUUACAAAACACUGAAAAAAUAAAGAAUGACAAAUAACAAAAUUCAUUUGGAAGAACAAAAGAUGUAGAAUCCUAAAGAAAUAUGGAAAAGUAGAAAUGAUGGAUGAGUAGCACCUCCAGACCUUAUAUUAUAAAUCGGUAGUAGAUCCAUGAAACAGACUUAUAUAAGGAGUAAUCAGAAAUAAUCCAACCAAAUAACCCAGUAUUGAAUAAAUCUGAGACUUGAGAAACCACCCCGUAUUUGACAAGGAUUGCUGGGAAAAUUGGAAGGCAGUUUUGUACAAAUUAGUUUAAGACCAACAGCUUACAUAACAUAAUACAGUAAGUUCAAAAAUGGAUAUACAAACUUGAAUAUAAAAGGACAUCCAGGGCAGCUAGGUGGCUCAGUGGAUAAAGCACCAGCCCUGAAUUCAGGAGGACCCGAGUUCAAAUCCAGCCUCAGCCACUUGACACUUACUAGCUGUAUGACCCUGGGCAAGUCACUUAACCCUCACUGCCCCGCAAAAAAAUAAAAAAUAAAAAAGGACACCCAGUAAAAAACGAUGAGAUCAAGUAUACCUCACAAUUGAUGGUUAAAGGGAAUAUACUUAAAUAAUGUAUACAAGUGACUCUAAAGGAUAAAACAAUUUCAUUUACAUUAAUUUGAAAAGCUUUUGUAUGACACAGCUAGAAGAAAGAAGCAUUGAUUAGGAAAAAAAUUGUUUACAUCAAGUAGCUCAUAUAUAUGUGUGUGUAUAUAUGUCUAUGUGUGUGUGUAUAUGUAUAUAUGAGAUGCCACCAUAUGCUGUGAUUAUCAAAUGUAUAAGAUCAAUGGCUAAGUGAUCAAAGGAUAUGAAAAAUAUUUUAAAUAAGGUACUAUUUAUAUGCUAUUAACCAUAUGAAAAAUUGCUCCAAAUAACUAACAAUAAGAUAAAUGCAAAUCAAACAUUACCUUACAUCAUCCAGUAAAUUGGCAAAGAUAACAAAUACAGAAAUAUCCAAGUCAGUGGAGUCUAGUGGAUAUGUGAACUGAUCUAAGCAAUUUGGAAUUUUUUUUUAUUAUACCAAAAAAAAUUGACUAAAAUAUCCAUAUCCUUUGACCCAGAGAUCAUACUGUUUUGGCAUAUGCCAAGGAGGUAAAAAAAAGAGAAAUAUCUCAUUUAGCAAAGACCUGGAAGCAAAAUAGCUGUGAUAACAAACGUAAUGGGUUGUUUACUAUUCAGUAAGAUGAUGGAUAUGAAGAAUUAGAAAUGUGACUAUAUGAACUGAUAUGGAAUGAAAUUAAGUAGAAGAGAAGGAGAAAUGUACACAAAAACUAUGAUAACAUAAGUGGGGAAAAAAACAACUAAGAAAACAAACUGGUGCAGAGUUUUAUGAGAAACAGGUUUGACCUCAAAAAAAAAAAACAAAAAAAAAAACCCAGAAUAUGUACUUCCUUCCCUUCUUUUCAGAAGUGUGGGACAACAGGUUGCAAAACUACUUACACUGUCAGACAAAAUUGAUAUGUUGAUUGCUUUUCUUUUUAAUGUUAUAAGGGAUGGCUCCACAGUGGGAAAGGAGGAAGGGAUAUAUUGAGAAAUGAAAGUAUUCUAAAAUUCUUCAAAAUACUAAUAAAGUGAUUUAAAAAAAAAAAA